UAAAGGAGGGAGCUUGGCAGAGGGAAAGGGGUUGGGAAGUGCGAGCAGGACCGACUCACAGCCAUGGCGGCAGCCAAGGGGAGCGAAACGGCGAUGCUUGUCAUCGAUAUGCAGAACGAUUUUAUAUUGCCGGAGUUGGAAAGUCCGGUGAUGGUGGCCGGCGGCGAAGCUAUCGUCUCAUCCGUCGUCAAGGCCGUUUCGGUGGCCCGAGAGCGUGGCAUGUUCGUGAUUUGGGUGGUUCGAGAACAUGAUCCCUUGGGUAGAGAUGUUGAGCUCUUCCGCAGGCACUUGUAUUCCAAUGGUGAAGGACCUACCAUGAAGGGUGCCAAAGGUGCAGCACUGGUUGAUGGACUUGCAAUCAAAGAAGGAGAAUAUAAGUUGGUGAAGACUCGCUUCAGCGCGUUCUUCGCGACACACCUUCAUUCACUUCUCCAGAGCUCUGGAAUCAAGAGCUUAGUUGUUGUCGGAGUCCAAACACCAAACUGUAUCAGACAAACUGUGUUUGAUGCAGUAGCAUUGGAUUACCAAACCGUUACUGUCAUUGUUGAUGCAACAGCUGCAGCUACACCUGAAAUUCAUUCUGCCAACAUUAGAGACAUGAAAAAUAUAGGAGUGUUAACACCAACCUUGCAGGAGUGGUGCAGCUUUGAUGCUUGAUUAGGUAAUUGCGGUUGUCAGAGCAGUGGUUCAUGGGGAACAUAACUAUGCAGAAAUGAAACUCCCUAGAUAACAUGCAUGGAAAGUGUCAACUUCAUGCUUUUGUUCAUGGCUUUAGAGAAUACAUGCAAUGAAGUUGCCUCCUUAUAAAUAGCUUAUGAAUGUAAAUUAUGGAAUGAUUACAUUAUGUUUCAUAUAUUCCAACUGUUAUAGAUGGGGUAUCCUUCUUUGUCGUAAUUUGUGGUUAGAAAGAUCAUAGUUUUUGACAGCAUAGAAUGCCCAUUUGAGGUUAUCAAAAA